CGACGCGCCCAGCCUCUAGCCGGCACCUCGGCGCCCCACGGCCACCGGAGGCGGGGACAGGGAGUCCGGGGCAGGCCGAGCCGGGGGAUCUGCGGCGGCGGCGGCGGCAGCGCGAGCGUAACUCCCGCCAGAGCCGGGAAAGAGCCCCGAGCAGAGGAGAAAGGGAGCGGGGACCUGCCCUCCGCCUGCCGGCUUCUGGAAGAAGCGUCUCCUGUUCCGGCCCCGGAAUAGAAACCCGGACCUCGUCCACCCGACUCCGCGAUGCUGCAGGUUUAGAAUGGAGCUCAGAUACCAGACUCCAAAGAUGCUGGCAGAGACAUUCUGACUCAUUGAGGGAGAGCUGAGUGAUAGCAGAGAGGGGUGACAUCAGCCUUGCAGACAUUGCCCUAAGGAAUUCCGAGCACUGUUGCUCACAGCACCGCCUGGCCAGAUGGAGACCACCAUGGGGUUCAUGGACGGCAAUGUCACCAACACCUCCAGCAGUUUCCUUUCUGCAUUUAACCCCCAUGGAGCCCACACCGCUUCCUUUCCAUUCAACUUCAGCUAUGGCGACUAUGAUAUGCCUUUGGAUGAAGAUGAGGAUGUGACCAAUUCCCGAACAUUCUUUGCUGCUAAGAUUGUCAUUGGCAUGGCCCUGUUGGGCAUCAUGCUUGUCUGUGGCAUUGGCAACUUCAUCUUUAUUGCUGCCCUGGUCCGCUACAAGAAGCUGCGCAAUCUCACCAACCUGCUCAUCGCCAACCUGGCCAUCUCUGACUUCCUGGUGGCUAUUGUCUGCUGCCCCUUUGAGAUGGACUACUACGUGGUGCGCCAGCUCUCCUGGGAGCAUGGCCACAUCCUGUGCACCUCUGUCAACUACCUGCGCACUGUCUCUCUCUACGUCUCCACCAAUGCCCUGCUGGCCAUCGCCAUUGACAGGUAUCUGGCUAUUGUCCACCCGCUGAGACCACGGAUGAAGUGCCAGACAGCCACUGGCCUGAUUGCCUUGGUGUGGACGGUGUCCAUCCUGAUUGCCAUUCCUUCCGCCUACUUCACCACCGAGACCGUCCUCGUCAUUGUCAAGAGCCAGGAAAAGAUCUUCUGCGGCCAGAUCUGGCCUGUGGACCAGCAGCUCUACUACAAGUCCUACUUCCUGUUUAUCUUCGGCGUGGAGUUCGUGGGCCCCGUGGUCACCAUGACCCUGUGCUAUGCCAGGAUCUCCCGGGAGCUCUGGUUCAAGGCGGUCCCUGGGUUCCAGACCGAGCAGAUCCGCAAGCGGCUGCGCUGCCGCAGGAAGACGGUCCUGGUGCUCAUGUGCAUCCUCACCGCCUACGUGCUGUGCUGGGCGCCCUUCUACGGCUUCACCAUCGUGCGCGACUUCUUCCCCACCGUGUUCGUGAAGGAGAAGCACUACCUCACCGCCUUCUACAUCGUCGAGUGCAUCGCCAUGAGCAACAGCAUGAUCAACACCCUGUGCUUCGUGACCGUCAAGAACAACACAGUCAAGUACUUCAAAAAGAUCCUGCGGCUCCACUGGAAGGCUUCUUACAACGGUAAGUCCAGCGCAGACCUGGACCUCAAGACAAUCGGGAUGCCUGCCACCGAAGAGGUGGACUGCAUCAGACUGAAAUAACCCCCUGGACUUGGCAAAGUUUAAACACAAGGCAGGGCCCUGGGGACACUGACCGGUGUGCUCGGAUGCACAUCAACCUGGAACUUUUUGUUUGCUGCAGAGGGCAGAGUAAAUGGACCACUCUGUGAACACUGUUCACGGAGCUCAGAAUUUCUAAAAUGCAUGUGACCAGACACUAUCGCCAGAGGCAUUUGUUGAAUGUCUGAUUUAUACACCAGUAGGUACUGGUAAAACCUAUGUAUGUUGACAUUUAGUUGGCAAAAUGAAAUUUAAAUUAAACCAAGGAAAAUGUGUGGUGUAGAUAGAAAUAAGGGAGUUUCCACAAAAGAACUGGAGUAGGUAUCUAGGAUUGCAGUACAUGUCUUUGUAGUGUGAGGGUGUCUCUGGGCCAUCCCGCUACUGAUCAGACACAGAUCUAGCUCACCUCUGGGAAUACUCUUCAGCUAGUGUUCAUGCCUAACAUUUGCAAGGCUGGAGCAAGAAUACAGAACAGACACGAGGCUCCUGAAGACCUUCUCCUCUUAUCUCUCAUGGCAAGGAGCCUUACAUGCAUAUGCAUCGACAUCACAGUAUUCAUGGCCAAGUUCUGUGCAAACGCUUCCUCCCACCCUGCUCUAUGGCCACCCUCAGGCCCAGAGCUCUGCACAUAGGUGGUAAGGCUCUGCAUCAGAAGGACUGGCUUGGGGAAGAAGACACAUAGACCGUGGAUGCCAUUUGGACAGAGAAUUAUGGGGUUCUGGGUACCUGGAGUAAGUCCAGAGGGGUUAGCCUGGAUUCAGGGUAGUCAUGUCCCCUGGCUCCAUGGAACUUUUGCUUUUGGUGGGGAGGGAGGUGCAGUUGGGGGAGAGUCAAAACAGGAAGGCAAAACUGGAAGCAUGUGGGGCUCAACGCAGCUCAGGGCAGGGAUCAGGCUCUCCAGGUAUACGGAUGAUACUGUUCCCACCUGUUAUUUCAGUUUCGAACAAUUAGGUUCCCCUAAGUCCUUCCCUUCCCUCUCAUGCCUACAUGUUUGUGAAGCAUAGGAUCUUUGAAAUUGGUCACAAUACCUCCUGGAUGUGGCCUUCAUGCAUUUUUCCAUUUUCACCAGCCCUCAAAUGUAAGUGAUGAAGAGUUCCCUCCUAACCAGAGAGUGUGGUAAGGAAUCCUCAUCAAUGUGAUUCGAGGGCAAGAUAUCCUUGUUACUGGUGCCUGAACCCCAUCCUAGUCAUUGUUCCUUUGGAUUAAG